AUAAAGGUGAUAAAAAGUGGAAGAGGUCUGGGAAAAGAAGAGACCAAGACCCGGUGAAAGAGAAACAUUCUCUAGAUGAAAGAAGAAACUCUAGAAAGUACACUUUUGGCUCAAAUGAACUUGAUAAAAGAGAAAUAAAUGAAGUAGUUAAAGAUUGCAAAUGGAUGCUCAAAAUUGAAACUCAGUUUGAAUUCAAAGAAGAAAAGAAGAGCAAAUAA